UCGUCAUUUGGUUGGUUGAUCACAAAUCACUCAUAAAACAAAACUAAAACGUUCGCAUGUAAACAAUAUGAUAUUUAUACACUCAAAACUUUAUUUAAAUCAAGUCGUUGUUGUGUGCUUGUGUGUCAUGGAGGGCAGGUCCGUCGGUGUUUCGUCCAAAACCCUCUUUAUGAUUUUGAUAUUCAAGUUUGUUGUUAAUUUAAUGUUUUUUUGACUUACCAACAAUCCUAUAUUCUUAAAUUUUUAUAACUCUAUAUAUAUAUAAUCACCCUACGGCCGCAGUAUCGUUCCACUUUUUAAAUGGUGAGAGAAUCCAUGGAGGUUAAUCAAUAUCAUCAAAGUUUUAAUGAAGCUUCGAGUUCUAGAGUUUCCUUAAACAAGAAUUCACAAGUAAUAUCCAAGAUCAAGCCCAAGAUUCGCAUCAUCCAUAUAUGCGCACCGAAGGUAAUCGAGACCGACGUCAAGAACUUCCGUCCACUCGUCCAAAGUCUAACCGGAAAACCCGCAGCCCGAGAGGCAAAAACCGGUAAAAAGAGUGCCAGACCGAGAAUUCCGAGGUCGCAAGAACCGGUUUGCGGAGAUCAUCAGGCGGUUAAUAGGCUUACGGGUUUUACCGGUUUAUUAGCAAACGAAGGAGACCAUCAGGUAAAAGAAGAAUGGGGAUCCGGUGAUCAGACUACUUCAAACACAUACUUUGACCUAGAAGGUUUGAUUAAAGAUGCAGGAGAAGAUUACUUCUUCCCAUGAGAUCUUCUUCUUCACAAGUAGAAGGUUUCAUCUUCACCAACAGUCAUACAAGCAACAACUUCACUGCAAAGGGUCAGAGUUUAAUUUCUAGGGUUUAUGUAAUUCUGCAAACGCAUUCAU